GCUACCCAUGGAGGUCCAUCUUACGCCCUCACCGUCUGGCUGCAUCCAGGUCCAUAUCGGUUCUGCACCAGAGGGUGCCAAUGUCGUAUUGACCUCUCGGCCAACGGCUUGUCAUAGGCGUCAUCGCUCGAUCACAACAUUCCCAGCCCGCAUGGUGGGGGGGGACAUGUGUUCCUGCUCCAGAGCUGACCAGCUCAUCUUUAAAGGCAUGCAACCUCGCAUGGCAGGCACGAUGAAGGUUGCAUACAAUUUGUACCUCCAGCCUUUCUGGCCACUGUUGAUUUUGCUGGUCUUGAACUCAUAGCGUUGAGCGCUGUCCUCCAUAUUGCUAUCGAACUCUUGAAAUCAUAAUCCUAGUCGUCAAACUGCCCCAUAUCUAAAUCUCAGUGCGCCGAAAUGGUAGCUUCAUUCCUCGCCCUUGUUGUUGCGCUGGUCUUCACAUCCUUCGUGGCUGGCCAGCAGUCCUAUACGCUUCAUGGUUCCGUAAUUCUUUCCAAUGGCGGAGAAUUCACGCCAGCUGUGGGGUUCCCUGGAUAUCAUCAACUCACGUCUGUGGGUGCUCAGCAGAUGUUCGAUUUGGGGUCCUAUUUCCGGAACCGAUACAUUUCUGCCAAUGACUUCGGUGGUCCUCGUGCACCUAUUCAGCACAUCUCGACCACCCGUAUUAACGAUGAUGACACCUACGUAAUGACUCUUGACAAUCCUCAAUAUCCGGCUGCUGCACAGGCUUUCAUGCAAGGGCUAUAUCCUCCUGCGAGCAUGAACGUUAACGGCAGCUCCUUCACGGAUCCGACUGCGAUUCUAGCUAAUGGAUCUUACUUUGAGGGGCCGCUCGGAGGUUACAAGUACCCUCUGAUCCGAACGGUUGCUUCAUUGGACCCCCAGAGCGUUUAUCUGGAUGGAUUGACGAACUGCAUGUCUUGGGCGAUGGAGGCUGGAAACUACCUCAACUCCCAGCCGGCAUCGAACUUGGAGUCGUCUAGCCACAUCAUGUACAGCAACAUUGCCCAGGCAUUCGACCAGCUGAUGCUUCGAAAGGGGAACUCCUUCAGCUACUACAACGCCCGGACGAUUUGGCAGUAUAUAUCCUACCAAUAUGUGCAUAAUUCGACCGUUAAAGCACUGUUCGACGCCGAACCCUUCACAGGCUACCUUGCCAACCUUCGCCAUUAUGCCUCUCUUCAGGAGUACUAUUACUCCGGCAACAUGUCUGUAGCGGGCGCAAACGGUCGGUCUCUCACAUCGAAUGAAUGGGUUCGACCUAUCGCUGGUCGGACAGUUGCCGCAAAAAUCCUUGGGUUGCUCAACAACACGAUUGCGUCGUCCGGAACCGAGACACUACUCAACCUCAUUGUCACCGAUGAAUCUGCCAUGGUAGCACUAUUCAGCCUCAUUAGUUUAACUUCGAGGAACCAGAACUUUAUCGGCCUCCCCGAACAGGGCUCGGCCGCGGUUUUCGAGCUUCUCAGCCUGGGCUCGUCUGACGAAUAUUUCCCUAAGUUGUCAGAUCUCUGGGUGCGGUUCUACUUCCUCAACGGCACCGAGGAGCAAACCAUGCAGAGCUACAGUAUCUUCUCAAACGGCCCAAGCCACCAGGAUAUGCGUUGGUCCGAAUUUGUCCAGCAGAUGGAAGCCAUCAUGAUAGGCUCCGUCAGUGACUGGUGCGAGAUCUGCGGUGACGCCAGCAUCUUUUGCCCAGCAUUCAGCCAAGGCAAUGGCUUGUUGCCAUCCUCUGGGAGCAGUUCUAGGAGCCACGGCGGUAUGUCGCUACCCGUUGCUGGAGUCAUCGGUGCUAUCGUCACACUCGUGGUAGUCGGCAUCCUGAUGGCCUUGGCCGGCCUAGCAGGUGGGAUCCGACUCCAUCGCCUCCGUCGUGGGAAGAACAGCGAGGUUGGUGGGUUUAGGGGGUCUCAGAAGCUCGCGAGCGAUCAGGACCUUGUCCUCCCAAAGGGGGGAGCGGGUGCUACCGUGGUGGGAGCGGCGGCUCCUGAGAAGGGCCACGAGCGAGUGGGUAGCUGGGAGAUGAAGAACGGCGAGUCAAAUAGGUUUGGCGAUAUGGGGAAGGAUAUCGGCGUCGACGGAACCGGCGCUACGUCACGGCCCAGCUUCGAUGCGGACGAUUUGGCAGUUAACCCGUUUGGGGAUCCUGUUAAGCCGGAUGAGAGAGUCUAACCUCAAUGUGGAAUCGGACCAAUGUUGAUGGCAGGAAUGAGGUCGAACGAAGUGAAUGAACUGGAUGGAUGGAUGGCGUUAUGGUACGGUAAUCGGGCAGUUCGCAAGUCGGAUUUUGUAUAUACCCAUUCUCUGAGUUCAGUUGAAUUUCAAUUCGUACUGCCUCAUCUGCCCUCCGGC